UAAACGCGCUGGAGACUACUAUAUGUUCGACUAUGAUCCAUCUACUGAUGAACUGGUGAAGCCUGUCGAGAGUUUUGUACCAGAGCCGACCCCAGGAGCCACGAAGUUUGAAAAAUUGGAUCCAGGACAGUUGGUCUAUGCUGCUACUGGACAUGACUUGGAUUUGGCCAAAACCUUGGAACAAGUGAAAGAAGCCGAAAAGAUCAAGACUAAUGAGGAUCGAAUGAUUGAAGCGAUGAGUAAGGAAUACCAUGGAACACCAACGGAAACACCAAUGGCAACAGCACAGGAGCCAUCUAUAAAAACUGAAUCUGCUGCACCACAACCACAA